AUGGCCGCGGCGUCGACCGCCGGCGGCGGGAGCGCGGCUGGGGCGUCGCCGCCGUCGUCGCAGGCGCAGCUGGGGACGCUGUGGUCGGCGCUGGAGGACCAGCGCGGGGAGCUGGAGGUGCCGCUGCUGUCGUCGGCGUGGGGCCUGCCGGGCUCCGGCGGGGGCGGGGGCGGGGGCGGGGAUGGGCGGGGUCUGAAGGAGAGGGUGGUCCGGCGGGCCGGCGCCCUGGUGGGGCGCGCGUGGGCCGCCGUGCGCGACGCGGUCGUGGAGCUUUGGGCGUUCGCGCGCGCCGACCCGCGGAAGGCCGUGUUCGCGGCCAAGGUCGGGCUGGCGCUGGCGCUCAUCUCGCUGCUCGUGUUCCUCCGGGAGCCCCGCGACAUCGUCAGCCACUCCGUCUGGGCCAUCCUCACCGUCGUCGUCGUCUUCGAGUUCAGCAUCGGUGCAACAUUAAGCAAAGGUUUUAAUAGGGGACUGGGUACCCUUACUGCUGGAGGGCUUGCUCUAGCAGUUGCCGAAUUGUCCAAACACCUGGGAAAGCUGGAGGAAGUGAUUCUUAUUAUGAGCACAUUUAUUGUUGCUUUUUGCACAACCUUGACAAAGCUGCAUCCAAAAAUGAAGGCUUAUGAGUAUGGAUUUCGCGUAUUCUUGUUGACAUUCUGUUAUGUCAUGGUUUCUGGGUACAACACAGGGAAGUUCACUGAUACGGCUGUAAGUAGAUUUGUAUUAAUUGCUGUUGGUGCUGCUGUCAGUCUAGGAAUCAAUAUAGGUAUUUACCCAAUAUGGGCUGGACAAGACUUGCACAAUUUGGUUGCAAAAAAUUUCAUCGGUGUUGCAAAAUCCUUGGAAGGUUGUGUUGAUGGAUAUUUGAAAUGCAUGGAGUAUGAAAGGAUUCCUUCGAAAAUACUUGUAUAUCAAGCAUCUGAUGAUCCUCUAUAUAGUGGCUAUAGGGCAGCAGUCGAAGCAUCAGCACAAGAGGAAACUCUGUUGGGUUUUGCCAUAUGGGAGCCACCCCAUGGCGCUUACAAAAUGAUGAACUAUCCCUGGAGGAAUUUCACCAAAGUUGGUGGGGCAUUGAGGCAUUGCUCCUUUGCAGUCAUGGCAUUGCAUGGCUGCAUUCUUUCAGAAAUUCAGGCACCACCAGAAAGCAGAAAGGUUUUUAGUGCAGAAAUUCACAGAGUUGGCAUAGAAGGUGCAAAAGUGCUGCGCGAGCUUGGAGACAAAGUCAAGACAAUGACCAAAUUGAGCUCUUCAGAUAUUCUAGCAGAAGUCCACUUGGCUGCUGAACGGUUGCAAAAAAGGAUUGAUGAGAAGUCAUACCUUCUGGUGAAUACUGAAAGAUGGGACACUAGCAAGCAAGCUGAAGGUAUCAAAGAAGUCCUGAAUGGCACCAGCAACGUGGGAAAAGAAAACAAGAAUGAAGUGAGGGAACCUACUAUUGUUGAGCAAACUUCUGGGCAUCAUUCAAAAAGUUUUGCUGUUAACUCAUUUCUGAGCAGAUAUGAUUCGGAGUCAACUGUAGACAGUUUCAAGUUACUGUCUUGGCCUGCUCGAAAAUCAUUCCAUCCAAACUUACCACUAGAAGACGAAGAAUCAAAAACAUAUGAAAGUGCAAGUGCUUUGUCAUUGGCCACAUUUGCCUCACUUCUAAUCGAGUUUGUUGCCAGACUACAGAAUGUUGUUAAUGCAUUUGAAGAGUUGAGUAAUAAUGCUAAUUUCAAAGAGCCUGUGCAGGAACCUGUUGCAGUUAGUAAUAGCGAUGACGGGUUUCUCCAUAAGAUAUGCAAAUUCGUGGGAAUCAAGAGUUGAUAUUGCAAAAGACGCUACAAGAUU